AUGGAUACCCGCAAUACUUUAUACCGACUUCUGUUGGAGAAUGCAAACAAUACCGAUGUCAGAGUUCGAAAAUUUUGCGAGAAAAUUGAAAACGAACUAGAUGAUGGUGAUGUUUAUGAUACGCAAUUUGAUGAAAAGUUAGUGAAAUCCUGGAUCAAUGAACUCGAAAGUCUGGUUCAAAAUAAGGAGUCACCCACUCGUUUGGCUGAGCAGAAGAAGACCACUACGGCUUCAGACAGAACUGAAACCGAAGUAAGAAAGCGUCAUAAGAAGCCUGCGAAUAAGGGCCUAUCAGAAGAUAAACAGCACGACGAAGUGGAGCGAAAACCAAAGUCAGUCGUCACAAAGUGUAUGAAUGCAGUUUAUUUUAUCUUUCUUACAUUCUUUUGUUUAAUCCUAUUAUUACGACUUAGCAUGGCUUCCUUGCAAUUCGCUGGAUUUAUAAAAUAA